AUGGCUAUCAUCGACGUCAACAAAGAUCUCGCUGCCAUUUUCUCGCAACAGGCCAUCGCAACUCCUGAUGCUAUAGCCCUGGAAGACAAGUCACAUACUUACACCUACGCCCAGCUCGAUGACAUUACCAGCAAGCUUGCCAGCUCACUGGCACAACAUGGUGUGGGCCGGGACGACCCCGUUGGCGUUCUCAUGGGACGAAGUGCCGACUAUGUGAUCGCAUGUCUAGCCGCCCUCCGUGCUGGAGGGGCAUUCUUAGUCCUCGAGCUCGCCUACCCCCCAGGUAUGCUGGCAAAUGUCAUUGACGAUGCUUGCCCGACUGCCAUCAUCACUAAGAGAGAGCAUGUCGGCCGGAUCAAGGCCGAUGUCCCUCUUAUUGUAAUGGAUGAGCCAGAUUCAAUAAACAGGGACCCUAAGCGGGGAGUGGGCACAUCAGUCGACGAGCAAGACCUGGAGAAAUUGGCUUUCAUCUCGUACUCGUCAGGAACCACUGGAAAGCCCAAAGGCAUUGCAAACCCUCACCGGGCGGCGGUCCGAUCUUACGACUUGAGAUUUAAGCUGAGCGAUCUCGGGCCCGGCGACCGAGUUGCCUGCAAUGUGUUCUUUGUGUGGGAGAUCCUGCGCCCGUUGCUUCGUGGAGCCACCACAUUCUGCAUUCCGGACGAAGCAAGCUAUGAUCCCGUGUCAUUGGUGGAUCUGCUUUCCUCAAGGAAUAUCACUGAGACUCUGAUGACACCGACUCUUCUUGCUACAAUUCUCACCAGGCAUGCGAGACUUGGCGAGCGCUUGCCAGAGCUGAAGACUCUGUGGCUGAACGGCGAGGUGGUUACAACCGACCUGAUGCUACGGGCGAUGAGGGCUCUGCCGAAUACCCGUCUGCUCAACUGUUACAGUGCGAGCGAGACGCACGAGAUUGCUUGCGGUGAUAUUAAGGAGAUGAUCAAUCCCGAGCAACCCUACUGCCCAGUUGGGCCUCCCCUGGAUCCAAAGCACACCUACGUCCUUGACGAGAACAUGAAACAGGUCGGACCUGGUGUUUCUGGCGAGCUCUUUAUUGGAGGUGGGCUCCUGGCUCGUGGAUAUCUUAAUCUCGAGGAGACGACAGCAAAAGCUUUUGUACCUGAUCCGUUCAGCGAGACUCCCGGGGCUCGCAUGUACAGGACCGGCGACAUGGCCAGAAUCCUUCCAUCAGGUCUGAUGGAAAUCACCGGCCGGGUUGGCGCCAUGAUCAAAGUUCGCGGUUACAGUGUGGUGCCAGGAACAGUGGAAAAUGCAAUUGUCAAGCAUCUGGCUGUCCGCCACUGCGCGGUCGUUGCCCGAGGCGAUGGCAUUGAGAGACAGCUAGUCGCCUAUGUUGUCCCAGACAAGGACGCACCCGAUGAUGCCGAUCGUCCUGCGGUGUCGAUUGACGAGUCUGGGUUCUGUCCCAAAGGGCGUAGAGCACUUAUGGAGCACUUGGCGCAUUACAUGAUUCCAGCCUUCUGGGUUCAGUUGGACGAAUUGCCCACUCAUGAAGUCUCGGGCAAAGUCAACUUGAAGAGCCUGCCGCCGCCUCCGGACCCAACGGCCACAGCCAAUAGCCCUGGCAAGCCGAAGGUCAACAACAACACGACAAUCAAGCCUGAGAAGAUUGGUGAGCUCUGGGCUGCGGCUUUAGGCAUACCUCCAGCUGCCGUCACGAAGGAGCACAGCUUUUUCGAUCUCGGUGGGCACUCUUUGACUCUCGCUGAUUUGUCCAACCGCAUGACGAAGACCUUUGGUUUUUCUGUGCCGAUCGGAUCACUAGCUGGUGACCCUACUAUAAAGGGCCACGUUGAGGCUGUGACUGCGGCCCGUGACGGCCACACUGCCGCUGUCCAGGCAGACCUGCCUGCGGUGCUUCGCGCCGACUCCGUUCUGCCGGCCGACAUUCAGCCCAAGAACACGAAGAUGCGUCCGCUCAGUGACGCAGAGACAGUGCUGCUGACGGGUUCGACUGGAUUCUUGGGCGCCUUCAUUCUUCACUCCAUACUCGAGAAUACUGCAGCAGAUGUGAUCUGCGUAGUCCGCUUUAACGACAUCAUAGACGACCAGAGGUCGGCUGGCAUGGCGAGGGUGCGCAAGAACCUGGUAGAUCUUGGUCUAUGGAACGACUCCAUCAUCGAUCGCAUCGAGAUUCUUCCUGCCAAUCUCGCACGAAAGCGCCUGGGGCUUACCCCUGAUCAUUUUGAGGAGCUUGCCUCGAGAGUCGAUGUCAUUAUCCAUGCUGCGGCUACGGUCAACCUCGUCUACCCCUAUGCUGCUCUACGAGCGCCCAAUGUCGGUGGAACUCGUGAGAUAUUGCGAUUGGGAUGCCUCGCAGGUGCGCCUGUUCACCAUGUCUCGACCAACGGUGUGCUCCCACCGUCAAGCGACGGAUGGUCUGAGGACACGAUCAUUGACGUGGACGAUGUGCCCACGAAGCUGCAGGAUGGUUACAGCCAGACGAAAUGGGUUGCAGAGCAGCUUGUUAUCGAAGCCAAUCGUCGCGGUCUGCCCACAAGGAUCUACCGCCCCGGAACGAUCAGCGGGCACAGCAAGUCUGGCGCUACCAAUGCUUGGGAUCUCUUGACAGCUAUUGUGGUGGAGUCUCUACAGAUUGGAUACGCGCCUGAUAUCCCAGACUGGCGUCUUGAGAUGACCCCGGUCGACUUCGUGAGCAAGGCCAUCACGACCCUUUCCGACCACCAAGACAUGACCCAGCGCAUCUUCCACCUCGGUGACCCCUCUCCAAUCGGCGCCAAUGACGUAUUUAGCUAUUUGAGCCAAUUAGGAUUCAGCACGGAAAAGCUUGCUUGGGACAAGUGGGUAUCGCUGUGGUCAACAAAGCGCGGCUCUGGGCGGUGGGGGGAAGGCUCCUUCACGGUCGACAUUCUCCGCUCUGGCAUGCCCACUGUCGAUUUCAUCCAAGAAGUGACAGUACUGAACGACGCAAAGACCCAGCCAGUCCUCGAAGGCGUCUUUGGCCUAGCCCGACCAAAGAUUGACGCUAAGUUGCUUCAGACAUACACCAAACACUUCUACGCCCGAGGUUGGCUGCCACGCCCACCUCGCAAGACCAUCGACAACAUGUCCGUCCAAGUUAAGCCACGAGGACCCCUCGCUGGCAAGGUCGCUGUCAUCACUGGGGCGUCAUCAGGCAUCGGUGCUGCGGUGGCCAAGGCGCUUGCCGCCGAAGGUGCAAAUGUUGCCAUUGCUGCGAGGCGAGUCGAGGUCCUCGACUCGCUCAAGUCGACGAUUACCUCUACCUCGGGUGUGAAAGUCCUCGCACAAGCUACCGAUGUGACGGACCGCAGCCAAGUCGAGGCUCUCAUCAAGACCACGGAGGAGACCCUCGGCCCCGUGGACCUGCUUGUCGCCUGCGCGGGUGUCAUGUACUUCACCCUCAUGAAGAACGUCCACACCGAGGAGUGGGAGCGCACUGUCGAUGUCAACUGCAAGGGCUUGUUGCACAGCCUGUCCUCGACAGUGCCGUCCAUGCUCGCCCGCGGCAAGGGCCACAUCGUAGCCAUCAGCUCCGAUGCCGGCAGGAAGGUCUUCCCCGGCCUAGGCGUGUACUCGGCGUCCAAGUUCUUCGUCGAGGGCACCCUGCAGGCGCUGAGGGUCGAGACCGCCGGCUCUGGCCUGCGCGUCACUAGUAUCCAGCCCGGCAACACCGCCACCGACCUGCUGGGCAUGUCGACGGACGCAGAAGCCGUCAAGAAGUAUGGUGAGCCCACCGGCGCCAAGAUACUAGACCCGGAGGACGUCGCUGGUGCCAUUGUGUACGCAGUGACAAGGCCCGAGCAUGUCUCGGUCAACGAGGUGCUGAUUGAGCCGAGGGAUGAGCCUAUCUAG